UGGGCGAGCAAGUUCCCGUUGUAUGCAUGCGUCUCAUGCACCAGAACCAAAGCAGACAGAGCCCCAAGUGUCAAUCAUUCAUGCCAGAUGCUGCACCUGCAUGCGCCCUGGUUGCCGAGCGGUCUGUAGCUACAAGGGUUCCAUUGUCCCUUUGUCUCUCGCCAUGCUUCGUGCGACUCCUGUGCGACUCCUACCAGGGAGUACAAGAGCACAAACGACGUAUGUGCCUGCGGCUGGAGAUCUUCUAGAGAUCCAUUAUCUCACGGUGGACUGAAAAGAGAGAUUCGUCUGAGCCCCGUCUGGGACCACCCUCCUAAUUGGGACCCUGUCACUCUCCAAUCUGGACGGAACCCAGAGUGUCACUCAAGUCCAAGGUUGAUGAUUGAUGGACUUAUAGUCGAUGCGAUUGAUCGGCGUGAAUCUCCCGGCUAGGCUUGAAAAGAACGUGGUGUUAGCCCAUCCGCCAGCUCACGACUCACAAGGAAGAUUGGGUAGCUUGCAGGGUCGCUGCGUGAAAGGGCCAGAUCAGCUCGCAAUAUUGACCGCUAUCAUCUGCUCCUUAUUUUGUUUUGUUCUGCUUCAUGUCGAUGUCUCUGUGCAUCCCAUUCAUGAUGAGCGUUCAUCUGUGCUAGAGCAGUAUGUAUCACGGCUAUAUUCUGCAAGGUGAGGAAUGUUCUUAGUCCCAAGAAUCUUCUUCGACGAGUACGGGUAGGAACCGGUCACACUAGAUAUCAUCAUUGCGGGUAGAUAUACUUUGUAUAUAUAUCAGCCACACUAGGAAU